AAAAUUGGUGUAUUUACUCGACAAGCUGUUUCACUUGGUCUGAUUUCUUUUGUUUUGAACGCUGAUGUUUUCAAACAACACCUGAAGCAAACGACUGAGGUCUGUCUGAUCAAAUACAGCUGGCUGAAGAAAAUGCCAGCGUUUACGCUACCUACUGUUGACUUGACUGUUGACUUUGCCCGGAUGUUGGUUCGAGGCAAAUAUGUUUCUCAGCCUUCAAUUCGUCGCUUUCUCAGUAGGGUGUUCAACUAGGUCAGGUUUUUCUCCCGUACCCUCCUAUCUCGCGAUCCGGAUGCAUUCCUUCGAUCUCUCCUCAGUAGUUCGCUGUUUCUCCGCCGCCGAUGGGGUGGCGCUGCGGUCGGCAGCAGCCAGCUGGCUGGUCCGCGGGUACACCGCCGACGGGCGGCGACCAGUGCUGCCAGAUUUGGAGGAUUUCCGCAAAUCUGGAGGAUUUUGAACUCUAUUUGCGGACAAAUUUCGCGUUUGGAGGAUUUUUGAUUCUGGAGGAAAAUCUGGAGGAUUUGUCACCCGAUUAAUAUAUUCAAUUUCAUGGAAAAAUACAACGCGUUCAAGACUCAAAAGACAUUUUCCUGCCCAGCUUCACCCUACCCGUUAGGAUAUAUCACUGCCCUUUAUCACCGUGAGACUGGAAUGUCUCAGUCUGUAGCUAUAUCCACGAAUAUCAUGGUGACUAUUUGUUCCUAUUUCGUGUACGAUUGUACCAUAUGUUUUUGAAGGUACCGAACUACUGGCGGAUCAAAGGGGGACAUUUGGCGCAAAUUCCCCCCCCCCCCCCCUCCUGCAGCGUCCAAAAUCGAAGAAAAUUUUCGUUUUUUUUUUCAAGGAUAAAACGAAAACUAAACAACUUUUAUUAUAAAAAAGCAUCUUUUAAACUACACAGCAGUGCGAAAGGAAUCGAAAUCCGAUGAGUUUUUAGAAUUUGGAGAAACCUUUUCGGAGAUAUGCCCUCCCGCAGCGUCCAAGACCGCCUAUCUGGAUCCGCCAAUGGGAUUUGGAGGAAUCUGGAGGAUUUUUGUAACUGAUCUGGAGGAUUACAGCCUUCUCCAUCUGGCAGCACUGGCGGCGACGUCCGGCAGUCCUGCGCCGUCGCCGUCAGCUGAGGAGGUCGGGCUGAGUGUUCCGAGUGGGUCGUGCCGGUCUCAUCACGUGUGUGCCGGGGUCUGCCGAGCGGGCGCGGGUACGAUGCCCGAUCGCUGAGCCCGUCGGCGCCAUCAAUCUGCCGGUGAUGGAGGACGCUCACAGGGAGUGGCUGUGGCGGACGGCCGGCCGGCUGGGCCGCACGGCGCUCCUGCUCGGCCUGGUCGCCUGCACCUGGUGGCCGGCGCUGGUCGGCUGCCUCUCCUGUCUGUCCAUCGCGCUGCCUCUCAAAUGGCUGCACGAGCUGUGGCUGAGCUCACGGAGCGCGCUGGCCGGUCCGUACCACAUGACGCGUACGGUGCUGGUCAGCGGCGGCCACCGGCCGCAGGGACUGCACGUGGCGCGCGCGCUCCGCAAGGAGGGCUUCCGCGUGGUGGUGGUGAGCCCGCGCAGCUGCCUGGCCACGCUGGCGUUCUACUCCACCUGCGUCGACCGGGUGAUCCAGGUGCCGUGCCCGCGCACGGCGCCGCAGCACUACGCGCGCGAGCUGCACCGCAUCGCCAUCGACUACCGGGUGGACUUUUUCCUGCCGAUGCCGGCGCCCAAGGAGGUGGAGGCCGAGUCGGCGGCGGCCAGCCAGCUCUCGCGGAUUGGCGUCAGCUGCCUGUGCGUGCCGCUGCCGCACGUGGCUGACUUUGUGCGCCUGGACCGGUUCUACGAGCUGGUGGAGAGCAUGAACAUGGAGACGGUGAUGUAUUACAAGGUCCGGGACAUGGCGCGCGUGGCCGGUCUCUACCGGCGCGGCGUGAUCGUCAUCAACGGCUGCCGCUUCAUGGCGAAGACGGCGGCACCCAACGGGCUGCACGAGUCCAAAUGGCUGCCGAUGCCGCGCAGCCUCUCCGAGGCGCAGCAGAAGUACGACGGCGUCAUUGGCGACGCCUCGGGCAGCACGUGGGUGGUGGCCAAGUUCACCGCCGGCUACCAGUACCUCCUGACGGUGGUGGUGCGCAAGAACCGCGUGCUGGCCUCGGUGGCGUGCCGCGAGGGACGCACCCUUCACAUGGUUCGCAGCCGGGAGAUGGAGCAGUGGGCGGUGCAGUUCUUCCGCCGGCUGCCGCGCGAGGUGUCCGGCGCGUUCACCUUCCGCUUCCUGAAGACGGUGCCGGAGGGCCGGCGCACCACCUACCUGCCCGUGUUCUGUAAGCCGUGCGCCGACCUGUCGCUGCUGUUCGUGGACGGUCGGAUGGGCGUGCUGUCGGCGCUGCUGGCGGACGGCGCGCAGCCGCCGGCCGUGGACGUCUUCUCCGAGCCGCGCCGGCCGCUCUGCGUCUACAGCGGCUACGCGCAGCUGCUGCGGCUGGCCGAGCUGCUGCCGCAGCCGCGCCAGCUGCUCGCCGAGCUGGCGCGCACCGUCAAGCUGCUGCUGCGCGGCCGGGAGGCGGUGUUCUCGCUGUGCGACCCGCUGCCGUUCCUGCUGUGGAACCACGUCCUGCUGCCGUGGCGGCUGGUGCGGGGCCUGCUCUGCGGCGGACGCACCGUCGACCAGUUCGACUUCCUGUCGGGCCAGUUCCGCGACGCCGGGGAGUGGUUCGCUGGCCUCGAGGAGGAGCAACGCCUCUGAGAGCUGCGGGGGCGAGGGUCGAACGCAGCUCUGAACAGACCCUGUCUUCAAUUUGGGGCGAUGCUGAAUACUUCUGUCGAUAGCGCUGAAAGUAACGCGCUGUCACGUCGUGCCAUUCGAUGGGCUCAAGAGCUUCUCUCAUUCUCUUUUUUCAUCCAGAGGGGCAUAAUUCCAUAACUCAUGAGCUGUGCAAGGGGUUCAAGAUGCAAGUCAUAUCAAUAAUAGGUGUGUCCGGUGCUUAGCUGAGCUUAUGUUCAGGUGCUGUGUUAUGUUUGAGCUAUUUUCUAACUCGCCAUGUGUGUGAGGUCCUCGCUGAGGGUGUUUGUGUUUCCAUAUCGUUGUUGUGUGCCACAUUUAUUCUAUGAAGUGAGGACGACCUUGCGCUGUGGAUGGCGAUUUACCAAAGAUCUCACCGUGUGUCUGACUGUUUGUGAGCGAAAGAUGACAGGUCAUCCAACAAAACUCUGCUUGUGCCAAGCGAGCGCGAGCUAAUUUCCACGAAAAUGCGAUUCGCGGCCACUGGCCAGCACAUUGUUGACUGCGGCCCCAUGUGCUCUAUGAUACUCGACUUGUUACCAUGUUUUAAUAUAUUCUGCUUUACUACGACGUGCGUGGGGUGGGUGGUGUCUCUCUGUAGUGAUUCGUCACUAGCUCAUAAAACGCAGCACGGAACGGCUGCUGGUGCAUAGUGCGUUGUAUGCUCGCCAUGUAACCUUGUAGUGGAGGCGACCAAAUACAUAUCAUCAUCACCAGC